AUGAAUCCGAGUACGAAUCCGCACUACCGCAUGAGCUUGGAACUGUACGAUGAGCUGGAACCUGGUGCAUUUGCCGAACGAAACGAUAACGACUUUGUUCUGAAAUGUGUCAUCUUGGACUUGGAUGAGAUCGAGCGUCUUCAGCGGAUCCGAAGAAAACCCAACAAUCUGAAUGAGAAAGGUCUUUACACGGAUGUGGCGAUCUUUAGUUUUUACAGAGUCGGAAUUCUGCUCACAAAUGCGUUACAUUUGUUUUAUAACGUCAAGUGUUCUAUUUUUCAGGCAAAUCAAUCGCCACUAUCUUCAAAUGUGCGAAGGUGGCUCUUCGAAACCGUCUGAAGCGCGGAAUAGUCAAGAACAAGUUUCAAGCAGGAGAUCUGGAAAGGGAACUGCUCAAAUGGGACUUGUACUCGUUUAUUAGGUUCUAA